AGACGGACGCUCGUAAUUUAAAAAAUCUAGCAUAUGCCUGGAGAGAGCGCAGCACAGUGCAAAGGAUACUAAAACAAGGAUGAAAAGUAGGAAAUAGAAGGCGCGACAGCAAUUUGGCCCUAAUAAGAAGGCACAGGUUUACGUAACCUACGUGUGCCGCGCGCGUAAUUACGCACAAUCUCUCCCUCCCUCCUUCCCCACUGCCACUCAGUCAUUCUCUCUCUCCGCACGCACACACACGCUCCCUCACUUUUCGUGGGAGAAAGUAGGAAGGGGGAGAGAGAAAGAGAAAGAGAAAGGAGAGAGAGUGAUUUCAGGUCUCUCUGCUCUCUCCGUGGUGGGUACUCAUAUCCACUCCGCUGACUCAAUGGAGCUUUAGCACUAGGGAUAUAAAAUCAAUAUUUAUUGCCCGUACCCCUUUUACUAUUUAAAAUUUGUACAUAGCAUAGGUAGAUAUAGGUCACUUAUUAAAGAACCGCUAAGGAGAGGUAAAACACGUCUCCAGAGGCGAGCCUUUUUCUUCUUUUUUUUGCCUCACAGGAGGUCCAGUCGAAACUCUCUUCGACUGACUUUCUGUGAGAGAGGAUAUCUAAUUUGAACAUAUCCUACUUUAUAGUCCAGCGUCAAACAACUAAAAAACUAUGGAUAUUCGAGAUUGCCCCUUUCGGAAGAAGCGGAGACCAUGGCGCUUGGACUUUUCCUCUUUUGCCUUGGUGACCCUGGUGCUCGCCCUGUGCCAACUACCCGUGGCUCGGGCAGAUCCAGUGGAUGUGUUGCGGAUGCUGCAGCUGCCCUCUCUCCCCGAAGGGGUGCGGAAGGUUCCAGGCUUCUGCACCUCCCGCCGUGCCGGCUCCGCUGACCACGCCUACCGCAUCACCAAGAAGGCCCAGAUCUCUGCCCCCACCAAUCAGCUCUUCUCAGGUCGUUUCCCGGAGAACUUCUCCAUCAUGGCCCUGGUCAAGGCCCAUGCGGGCCUCCAGGCGUUCCUGUUGUCCAUCUACAGUGAGCAGGGUGUCCAGCAGCUGGGUGUGGAGCUGGGACGCUCCCCCGUCUUCCUGUACGAGGACCAGACCGGCAAGCCCGCCCCCGAGGACUACCCCCUCUUCAGUGGCGUCAACCUGGCCGACGGCAAGUGGCACCGCAUCGCUAUCUCCGUGUCGAAGAAGAACGUCACCCUGCUCCUGGACUGUAAGAAGCGCAUGACCAGGGCCCUGCCUCGCAGCAACAGCCCCGUGGUGGAUACCAAGGGCAUCACCAUGUUCGGGGCACGCCUGCUGGACGAUGAGGUUUUCCAGGGCGAUAUCCAACAGCUGCUGAUCGCAUCCAACCCUCAGGCUGCUUAUGACUUCUGUGAACACUACAGCCCCGACUGUGACUCCCCUCUACCCAAGACCCAGUCCCAGGACCCCAACACAUACAAGGGUGCCAAUGGCAAUGCUGACAAACGCAAACCCGUGGUAGUUAAGGCUGACAAACCUAUAGUCGUUAAGGCGGACAAACCUGUAGUCAUUAAGGCAGACAAACCUAUAGUCGUUAAGGCGGACAAACCUAUCGUCGUUAAGGCGGCCAAACCUAUCGUCGUUAAGGCAGAAAAACCUGUAGUCGUUAAGGCAGAAAAACCUGUAGUCGUUAAGGCGGACAAACCUAUAGUCGUUAAGGCAGAAAAACCUGUAGUCGUUAAGGCUCCCAAACCUGUAGUAGUUAAGUCGGCAAAACCUGCCUCAACCAAACCUGCGAAAGCAGAGCAUGCUAAGCUUGAGGCCACAGCCAAACCAGCUAAAGCCGUACCUGCUGCCACCAAGCCCAGCAAAGCCAAGCUUUACCCGGCCAAACCAGCCAAAGCCAAACCUACUGCAAUUGAAGUCCUCCUGAACAAGAUCAAACCCACUACAGUCACACCAGUGGCCAAGCCCACACCUGCUGCGAAAAAAGGCGAAAAAAAAGUAAAUGGCAAACCUAUAGUUGAGAAGAAAGCAAAUGGUGAGGCCAUAAUCAAUGGCAAUGCCAAACCUAUAGUUGAGAAGAAAGUAAAUGGUGAGGCCAAAAUCAAUGGCAAUGCCAAACCUAUAGUUGAGAAGAAAGUAAAUGGUGAGGCCAAAAUCAAUGGCAAUGCCAAACCUAUAGUUGAGAAGAAAGUAAAUGGUAAUUCCAAGGUCAAUGGCAAACCUGUAGUUGAGAAGAAACUAAAUGGUGAGGCCAAAGUUAAUGGCAAUGGUAAAACCGCUGAGGAUAAGAAAGUGAGUGGUAAUGGCAAUGGUAAAACCCCUGAGGAUAAGAAAGUGAGUGGUAAUGGCAAUGGUAAAACCCCUGAGGAUAAGAAAGUGAGUGGUAAUGGCAAUGGUAAAACCCCUGAGGAUAAGAAAGUGAGUGGUAAUGGCAAUGGUAAAACCCCUGAGGAUAAGAAAGUGAGUGGUAAUGGCAAUGGUAAAACCACUGAGGAUAAGAAAGUGAGUGGUAAUGGCAAUGGUAAAACCACUGAGGAUAAGAAAGUGAGUGGUAAUGGCAAAAGCGCCAGUGACAAAAAAGCUCAUGGCAAAACCGAAGCAGCAAAACCUGAAACCACUAAAGCCCAGCCCAAAAAAGACGUCGCUAAAGUUAAAGUAGAAAAAACUGUGGUCAGCAAAGAGAAACCAGCAAAAGCAGAAACUAAAGUAGUGGUAGCAAAAACCGAAGUCAAAAUUAAAGUAGUAAAAACCGAGGUCACAAAGGUUAAGGAAGCGAAAACCGAGAUCACUAAAGUCAAACCAAGAGAGUCAGUUGUCAUCAAAGUUCCUCCCUUCCUCAAACCUGCACCGAAGAAAGAGCUGCCAAGCCCAGAACCUGCUUCCCCGAAGCCAGAGAGAACCAAGGUGGUGCUUGAUGUAAAUAACGUCAAAUCGAUGACCCAAAAAAUGCCUCCCUUCGGCAAGACUGCAUACAGUGGCACCGUCGUCCCUGUGCCGGAAACACCGAAGAAGAAAACGGGCAACGGUUAUCAACAGGAUGUAGAAACUGCAAAUUCUGAGGCUGGCCACACCCCUACAGAGACGGAUUAUUAUUACGAGGAGGCAGUCCUACAGCCAGAGAGUGAGGUGAUUGGACAAGAAGGGACGACUGGCCAGGUGGAGGAGACAUUGGUGGCAGAGGAGGUAGAUUUGGCCAAGGCAGGGGGUGAGGUCGAGGCCUUUACUGAGGAGUAUGUGACUGGCGACCUGGGCAUGAAGGAAUACGACUAUUCCUACAAGGACUACAACGAGCCUCUGCCCGAAGGAGAGACUGACGGCUACAUGGGCCCCGCCCUGUCCGCUGUGACAGACGAGGGAGGCGCCUCAGUGAGUGCCGUAAAAGGAGAGAAGGGAGAGCCCGCUGUCCUUGAGCCUGGUAUGUUGAUUGAGGGACCUCCGGGACCAGAGGGACCAGCAGGUCUCCCCGGACCUAAUGGCCCAUCUGGCCCUCCUGGCUCUGUUGGUGAUCCUGGCGAGAGGGGAAUCCCUGGAAAGUCUGGUAUCCCCGGUGCCGAUGGCGUCCCUGGCCCCCCCGGAACGUCUGUCAUGCUGCCCUUCCGUUUUGGAAGCAGUGGAGGAGACAAGGGUCCCAUGGUCUCAGCACAGGAAGCCCAGGCUCAGGCCAUUCUGUCUCAGGCCAGGCUGGCUCUGAAGGGACCACCCGGACCAAUGGGCUACACUGGACGCACAGGACCUCUGGGUACCCCUGGAAGUUCUGGUCUGAAGGGUGAGAGUGGGGAUCCUGGGCCUCAGGGCCCCAGAGGACCACAGGGUUUGAGCGGUCCUCUCGGCAAAUCAGGAAGAAGAGGUCGUGCUGGAGCUGAUGGCGCCAGAGGCAUGCCAGGAGAGGGCGGGCCUAAGGGGGACCGUGGUUUCGACGGACUGCCUGGAUUGCCCGGAGACAAAGGACACCGGGGUGAUACUGGAGGAUUGGGACCCCUAGGAGGUCCUGGAGAGGACGGAGAGAGGGGAGACGACGGAGACAUCGGACCGAGAGGACUUCCAGGUGAACCCGGACCUCGUGGUUUGCUCGGGCCUAAAGGUCCGAACGGAAUCCCCGGCCCUCCUGGUGUGCGUGGAAACGACGGUCCCCACGGUCCUAAAGGAAACCUGGGUCCCCAAGGAGAGCCAGGGCCCCCAGGGCAGCAGGGUACCUCAGGAACACAGGGAAUGCCAGGGCCACAGGGAGCCCACGGCCCCCCGGGAGAUAAGGGCCCCACAGGAAAACCUGGUCUGCCAGGAAUGCCCGGAGCCGACGGCCCCCCUGGUCACCCAGGAAAGGAGGGACCUGUUGGCACCAAAGGAAACCAGGGUCCCAACGGUCCUCAGGGAACUAUUGGCUAUCCUGGCCCUCGUGGCAUUAAGGGAACUCAAGGUAUCCGUGGACUGAAGGGUCACAAAGGAGAGAAGGGAGAAGAUGGCUUCCCUGGAAUUAAAGGAGACUUUGGUGUCAAGGGGGAGAGAGGAGAGGGUGGAGUGCCCGGCCCCAGAGGAGAGGACGGUCCUGAGGGGCCAAAGGGUCGUGUUGGGCCCCCUGGCGAGCUCGGGCCCAUCGGUCUGGUUGGAGAGAAGGGUAAACUUGGUGUUCCUGGACUUCCUGGCUAUCCUGGAAGACUUGGACCUAAGGGCUCCCUCGGUUUCCCAGGAUUCCCUGGAACCAACGGCGAGAAGGGAACAAGGGGUCUGAUUGGAAAGUCUGGACCUAGAGGACAAAGAGGACCAACGGGCCCCAGGGGUCAGAGAGGGCCAAGAGGGUCUACUGGGAAAUCAGGAGCCAAGGGUACAUCAGGAAGUGACGGCCCAUCUGGUCCACCAGGAGAGAGGGGACUGCCCGGACCUCAAGGAGCAAACGGUUUCCCGGGGCCAAAGGGACCUCCCGGACCACCAGGAAAGGAUGGACUGCCCGGACACCCUGGACAGAGAGGAGAAGUUGGAUUCCAAGGAAAGACUGGGCCACCCGGGCCUCCAGGUGUUGUUGGCCCUCAGGGUUCCUCAGGAGAGACUGGCCCUCUGGGCGAGCGCGGUCACCCCGGGCCUCCAGGACCACCAGGCGAGCAGGGACUCUCCGGACCAUCUGGCAAGGAGGGAACGAAGGGAGACCCUGGUCCCCCAGGCGGCCCCGGGAAAGACGGGCCCUCAGGACUGAGAGGCUUCCCUGGAGAGAGAGGAAUGCCUGGCACCCCGGGAGGUGGCGGACUGAAAGGAAGUGAAGGCCCAGCAGGACCUCCCGGAACAGCUGGAUCCCCAGGUGAGAGAGGACAGGCAGGCAGCGGAGGUCCCAUCGGACCCCCAGGAAGACCCGGCCCCCAGGGGCCUCCAGGACCAUCAGGAGAGAAGGGAGUGCCUGGUGAGAAAGGUCCGAUUGGCCCGGCUGGGCGUGACGGUGUCCAGGGCCCAGUGGGUCUGCCAGGUGCAGCCGGAUCCAUCGGAGUUCCAGGAGAGGACGGAGACAAGGGUGAGGUUGGAGAGCACGGCCAGAAGGGAGCAAAGGGCGGCAAAGGAGAGCAUGGUCCUCCCGGUCCACCAGGGCCAAUGGGUCCACUCGGUCAACCCGGCGCUGCUGGAGCUGAUGGAGAACUAGGAGCCAGAGGUCAGCAGGGGCCAUUUGGAGCCAAGGGAGAUGAAGGAUCAAGAGGAUUCCCAGGGGCCCCAGGUCCUAUUGGACUGCAGGGAUUGCCAGGCCCAUCAGGAGAGAAGGGAGAGACUGGAGAUGUCGGACCAAUGGGUCCACCUGGCCCCCCAGGACCCCGUGGCCCUGCUGGUCCCAGCGGUGCUGACGGUCCUCAAGGUCCUCCUGGUGGUCUGGGUAACCCUGGAAACCUGGGAGAUAAGGGAGAGCCUGGUGAAGCUGGACCACCUGGAAUCGGAGGAGAGCCAGGAAAGAAGGGCCCACGUGGAGAGCAUGGUGACAAGGGAGAGGCGGGACAACCUGGUGCUUCUGGCCCUGCGGGUGGAAGAGGAGGCCCUGGAGACGACGGACCUAAAGGAAACCCUGGCCCUGUUGGUUUCCCUGGCGACCCCGGUCCCCCUGGUGAACUCGGUCCCAGAGGUCAAGAUGGCGCAAAGGGAGAGAGGGGAGAGGACGGCGAACAAGGACAAGCUGGAUCUCCAGGACCCACGGGUGAGAAUGGACCCCCUGGUGGACCUGGAAAGAGGGGUCUUGCUGGAACGAGAGGGCCAGAGGGACGACAAGGAGAGAAGGGAACUAAGGGAGACCCAGGUGCUAACGGACCUCCAGGAAAGACAGGCCCCGUCGGACCUCAGGGUCAACCAGGGAAACCAGGAACGGAGGGUCUGAGAGGACUCCCUGGAUCAGUGGGCGAACAAGGUUCUCCAGGCCUUGCCGGCCAGAAGGGACCUCCCGGACCACUGGGACCACCAGGCUUGCCAGGACUGCGCGGCGAGGGCGGUGACAAGGGGGAGAAGGGCCACUCGGGUCUGAUCGGUCUGAUUGGGCCCACCGGAGAGCAGGGAGAGAAGGGAGACAGAGGACUGCCAGGGCCACAGGGGACACACGGGUACAAGGGAGAGACUGGUGUCUCUGGAGGCACUGGGCCUAUCGGUCCUGGUGGCCCUGCUGGCAUGCCUGGUCCCCAAGGUGUCAAGGGAGCUAAGGGUGCUACAGGAGGAGCUGGUCCCAAGGGAGAGAAGGGUGUCUCAGGACCCCCUGGGCCUCCAGGUCCUCCAGGCGACGUCAUCCAGCCGCUGCCCAUCCAAAUCUCCAAGAAGUCAAAGCGCUCCAUCGAUGCCAGCCGGAUGCUGUCCGAGACAGACGCAGAGGCGGUCGCAGCCGACGCCACCGGCACAGAGUUCCUGACAGGCAGUGAGGGCAUGGAGGAGAUCUUCGGCUCACUGAACUCGCUGCGACAGGAGAUCGAGACCAUGCGCUUCCCUCUGGGCACCAAGGACAGCCCUGCACGCACCUGUCAGGACCUGAAACUCGGCCAGCCAGAGCUCAAAGACGGAGAGUACUGGAUCGACCCCAACCAGGGUUGCUCUCGCGACUCUCUCAAGGUGUUCUGUAACUUCACCGCCGGUGGGGAGACCUGCCUGUACCCCAGCAAGAGCGCGGACACGGUAAAGCUCAGCUCUUGGACCACGGAGAAACCAGGCUCCUGGUACAGUGAGUUUGCAACUGGCAGCAAGCUCUCGUAUGUGGACUCUAAUGGCGAGCCGAUCGGCGUGGUCCAGUUGGGCUUCCUGCGGCUGCUGAGUGUCCAGGCCCGCCAAAACCUCACCUACCACUGCCACCGCUCCGUGGCCUGGGCCGACCGCACGGCCAAUAACGGCCACAAGAGGGCGCUACACUUCCAAGGCGCCAACGAUGAGGACCUCAGCUACGAGACCAGCCCAUACAUCAAGGCCCUGGUCGACGGCUGUUCUUAUCGUAAGGGCUUCGACAGGACAGUGGUGGAGGUGAACACGCCCCAGGUGGAACAGCUUCCCCUGCGGGACCUCAAGAUCACAGACUUUGGGGAGAGCAACCAGAAAUUUGGCUUUGAAGUGGGACCUGUCUGUUUCCUGGGCUAAAACACCGUGCAGAGAAAUGAGAAACACCUACACGUAUAGAAUAUACACUUACACUGAUGAACACACACACACACACACACACACACACACACACACACACACACACACACACACACACACACACACACACACACACACACACACACACACACACACACACACACACACACACACACACACACACACACACACACACACACACACACACAAAUAUACAGUACAUGUCCAGUAAUUUGCAAAUGUAUUUCAUGAUAUCAAGUUAAUUCCCGACCAUGUAUAUAUACACACACACACACACACACACACAAAUACUGUUGUGAAACAGACAUGCACUCACUCAAGUACAUGCCCAGGGGAAAACAUCUCCCAAAUAGAAAUGGACGACGAGAGAAAAGUAGAACACAAACAUUCUCACGAAGAGGAGACCAAAGAUCGAUUGCGAGAACGAGAGAUAGAGUUCUGACCGUUUGCAGAAUAAAAGCGUGUUCUUUUCCAACGAACAGCUGGCCCAAAGAGCCGUCUCCUCCUUCCGUGCACACCAGAGCCCACCAUCGCGGAACCCCCCUCUCACUCCUCUCUUCUUCCCGCUGCCUCUCUUUCCAGUUGUCUCACCCACUCUACCUCUCUGCGUUGCCUUCCCCACACACUUGUACGUCUUCUGCAUCUAAGCCCCGCCCCAUCCUACGCCUCACUUGCUGCCUCACCACAUUAAGGGGAAACCAAUGAAUGAAUAGGAGUUCCACGAAGAGCACGGAGGACUGGAAAACAGCCGAGCCUGUAGCCAACCAGGCCUGACAAAACGGAGACGUCCAUGUUGUCUAGCUAAGUUCAUGGUCUAUUCAUCUCCACAGUGAAAUUCUGUACCAAACAACUGUAUCAGCCUAGUUAUCCUAAAGCUGGUCAAACACACUAGAGGAGGGUGAAUAGAAACUUUACGGUGCUUUGUGGAGUGGAAGCAAAGCGGUGAGAUCUCUAGUUUUAUCGCGGCUUUAACCUAAGAUGUGACUAUGAACAUCUCUUUGCUCAGUACUGUAAUAAUAAAGUCCUAACAGCAA